GGCCGCGGGCACGGGCGGCGCUUUGAACCGGGCGCGGGGGCGGAGCGGGACGGCGCGGGGCGGGGCGGCCGGGCUGGACGCCGAGCGGCCGGUGCGGGCCGGGACAGCCGGGCCAUGGCUUCCGAGGUGCGCGUGUCGCGCUGGUACUUCGGCGGCCUGGCCUCCUGCGGGGCCGCCUGCUGCACGCACCCGCUGGACCUGCUCAAGGUGCACCUGCAGACCCAGCAGGAGGCAUCUCUGCGCAUGACGGGGAUGGCCGUGCGCGUGGUGCGCAACGACGGCUUCCUGGCACUCUACAGCAGCCUCAGCGCCUCCCUGUGCCGCCAGAUGACCUACUCCCUGACGCGCUUCGCCAUCUACGAGACUUCUCGGGACCGCCUGGCCAGAGGCAGCGGGGGGCCCCUGCCCUUCCACCAGAAGGUCCUGCUGGGCGCCGUCAGUGGCUUCAUUGGUGGCUUCAUGGGGACUCCUGCCGACAUGGUGAACGUGAGGAUGCAGAACGACGUGAAGCUGCCUCCGGCACAGCGCAGGAACUACGCCCACGCCCUGGAUGGCCUGUACCGUGUGUUCCGUGAAGAGGGCCUGAAGAGGCUGUUCUCUGGCGCGACCAUGGCUUCCAGCCGAGGGAUGCUGGUCACCGUGGGCCAGCUGUCCUGCUACGACCAGGCCAAGCAGCUAGUGCUGAGCACGGGGUACAUGGCCGACAACAUCCUCACACACUUCAUCGCCAGCUUCAUUGCGGGUGGGUGCGCCACAGUUCUGUGCCAGCCCCUCGACGUGCUCAAGACCCGCCUGAUGAACUCCAAGGGCGAGUACCAGGGCGUCCUCCACUGUGCCAGGGAGACGGCCAGGCUGGGGCCCCUGGCCUUCUACAAGGGCCUCGUGCCAGCUGGCAUCCGCCUCAUGCCCCACACCAUGCUCACCUUCGUGUUUCUGGAGCAGCUCCGCAAGCAUUUCGGUGUCCGCGUGCCGUCCUGACGCGCCCGGCCGCCUGCCCCGCUUCCCGCCUCCCACGUGCCUUCGCCCCCCCGGGACGCUGCGGCCCGGAGUCUGAGGUCCAGGUCCCCUGCCCCCUCUCCCCAGCAUGGUCUUCGGAACCAGGUGCAGGGCCAGGCUGCAGGUGGUCGCUCCCAGACCCGGCGCUUCUGCCAGACCUCAGCCGGGACGUGCGUGGCCUUGGGGCCGGCCCGGCGCCUGGCCGGGGGCUGUGCUGGACAGGGCCUGCCCUCUCUGUGCAUGUCAGUAGCUCCCCGAAGUUCCCGAGGCCAAAGGAGCUCCCCCUCACUGGCGGGGCGGUGGCCGCGGCCCUCAGGGACCCCCGCCAGCCCGCAGGGGCACUAAUAAAGCGCAGGGAACGCU